AUGUCUUCCUCAGCCGUCUCAGCUGGCAAGUUUGUCGGGACAGUAUCCCUGGGCCUGUUGACGGGCGUCUCGUACUCCGCCUCGACCCUCGUCCUCCCGACGAUUAUGAACCUGCCCUCGGCGGCGUCCGCUUCGCAUGCCCUCACAACAUUCACAUCCUACGUCCGCCUGCCCGUGCUCGCCUUGUCGGCCCUCUCCAGCUUGCCUCUCCUGCUCUCCUUCGCCCUGAGCCCUCGCUCCUCGCGCCACCCAUACCUCAUCUACACAUCGCUCAUCGCCGCGCUCUCCGUGGGCGCACCAGCUCUCGUUCCCGUCCCUACUCGUUCCACGCCCCCCGCGAAGAAGCCCAAGAGCGCCCCCCGCGCCAUGGAGCAGAGCUACGAGGUCCUCGGCGAUGCAGCCAGCGAAGCGCCUAGCGAGGAGGAGAUUGACGACUUUGCCAUCAACGGCGAGGAGGUCAGGGCCGAGGCCGCGGGCACGGCGCGAGGUUUCAUGGUACGAACAGGCGUUGCGGCUCUGGGCUUUGCCAUGGCCGUUGUGGGCAUUUGGGGGGACGGCGCGCCACAGGCUGUGGUCCUCGUGUCGUAA